AAUGACAUCCUAUCUUUUUACGAGUAAAAGAAAAAAGUCGUUUAAAUCGAGAAAAAUGGCAAAAAAUUCAGACGUCGAAAGCAAAAUGUCCUUGGAUAGUUUAGAAGAAAAUUUCAAACAAAAAGCGUCUAUUAAAAAUGAAUACGUCGAUGAGAAUGUUGACACAAUACUAGUGCCGUUUUAUGAACAAGAUGUAUUGAUAAAAGUACCAAAGGCACAACGAUGGAAUCACAACACUGAUGAUAGAAAAUCUACCAACAAACCUGUUAAAAACUAUUUGAUUAACAAACGAACGACUAACCCACCGCGAGUUUCCUACUUAGAGGUGUUUCGUAAAAAGAAUAACUUAAAACUAGACGAUGAUACGCCAUUGGAACAAGACAUACGUUCUUUAUCACCUGAGGUUGGUGACACAGAAAGAGAAAGUAUUGGAGAGGAUACAAACUAUCCAGUGAGCAAUGAUUUUCAUAAUACCGAGUCAUACAAUGAAAUGUAUUACGCUAAACUAUUGGAGAAAGAACGUAACCAAUAUUUGGAUAAUUCUUUUGAAUUCGAACAUCGCUUGACCGAAGAUAAUGAUAAUAAGUCAGUAAGCGAGAAAGAUAAUUUGCGGAGUGUGUCUGAAGCAUCUCUACCUAAACGUGUAUCACAUUCAACAGAUAGAAGGGCCACCAUUGAGAUACUGCAUAAUGUCAAGUUAGGUGGCUUAGGGCCAGACAUGGAGAAAAUAAAACCAAGGCUUGAAAGAGCCAGAAGUCUCCAGAGAUAUUCCGAAAAGGUUAGAAUGGAAAACAGAGUGAAGAUUUAUAAAAAGUCAAUAGAAUUAGAGAAAGAAAAGAAAACAGAGAGGCAAUCAUCUGCAAAACAAAGUAGUAAAAUUGAAAAUCAACAAGUCGAAUGUGCAACAAAUUCUUCGUACUUAGUUAAGAAGAAUAAAGAAAAAAAGUCUUUUUUAAAAACAAGAGGUGGGUUUAGAUUUUCUGAUGACACACAAAACAGCAAAAAUUAUUUAAAUGAAAAAGACAAAUAUAAGAAAGACAAAAUUGACAAAGUACACAAUGUUUAUCAAAGUAAAUCGAAAGAAACUAAAACUAAACUAAACAAUAUUGAUCACAAAGCAAGGGCUAAAAAUCAAGAAGAACAUGAAUUAGGAAAGAAAUCCGCGCAAUACAAAACUAUUCAAAUGGUGGAUAAAACAGAUGAUGUACCGCCUGUCCAUAUUAGUUUUAUGGUGAAUUUUAGUGGAGUACGACCGUCUAGUGCUUUAAAAAAACUUGAAGCGAAACAUAAAAUGUAUCAAGAAAAGGUUAAAACGUAUACAUCAGAAAAGAACAAUCCGUAAUACUUUUAAACACUA